AUGAACAAAUUGCACUCGAAGUACUUGACCGUUCACCACAAAGCUCAGCAAUUCGAGCAAAGAGUCUUAACCCAUUUUGUCCAUAGCAUUGUGGAUGCAACCCAGUCUAAGUUCGAAUCCAAUCUGCUAUUAAAGAGGUUAUCCGUUUCUGGUCGAGUCGAUGAUGCCCGCCAAGUGUUCGAUGAAAUGCCGAGCAGAGAUGAGUUCAGUUGGAAUACAAUGAUAGCUGCUUAUGCCAAUUCAGGAAGACUGACUGAAGCUAAACAAGUGUUUGAUGCCACCCCAAGUAAGACUGCCAUCACUUGGUCCUCACUGAUAUCUGGGUACUGCCGAAGUGAGUGUGGAAGUGAAGCUUUCCGGUUGUUUUGGCAAAUGCAGCUUGAGGGGGAAAGGCCGAGUCUUUACACAUUGGGGAGUUUGUUGAGGUUGUGUUCGAAAUUGGGUUUGCUCCAAAGAGGUGAAAUGGUGCAUGGUUACAUGGUAAAAACACGGUUUGAUAGUAAUGUUGAUGUUGUUACUGGUUUGGUUGACAUGUAUGCAAAAUGCAAGCGCAUUUUUGAAGCCGGGUGUCUGUUUGAGAGUUUGAGGAAUAGGAGAAAUCAUGUGGUGUGGACUGUUAUGCUUACAGGGUACUCUCAUAAUGGGGAUGGCUUGAAGGCAAUGGAGUUUUUUCGUGACAUGCAAGUGCAAGGGGUUGAAUCCAAUCAGUUCACAUUCCCUAGUGUAUUGACUGCUUCUGCAUCGGUUUUAGCUCUUGGUUUUGGGGCUCAGGUGCACGGAUGCAUUGUACAGAGUGGUUUUGGGCCUAAUGUGUUUGUUCAAAGUGCAUUAGUUGACAUGUACGUGAAAUGCGGAGAUCAUAUCAGUGCAAGAAAGGUGCUAAGAAGCAUGGAGGUUGACGAUGUUGUUUCUUGGAACUCGAUGAUUGUUGGGUGUGUAAGGCAGGGGUUUAUAAGAGAAGCUUUGUCUUUGUUUAGAGAAAUGCGUUCAAGAGAACUGAAAAUUGAUGAUUAUACAUAUCCAUCUGUUCUGAAUUCAUUUGCUGCGCUGAAGGAGGUUAAAAACGCAGUGGCUAUUCAUUGUCUGAUAGUGAAGACUGGAUUUGAGGUUUAUCAACUUGUAGGUAAUGCUCUUGUUGAUAUGUAUGCUAAACUGGGAAAUAUAGAAUUUGCAGUUGAGAUGUUUAGGUAUAUGCCAGACAAAGAUGUUAUCUCUUGGACCUCCCUGGUCACAGGCUAUGCACAGAAUGGCUCUCAUGAAAAAGCACUUAAAUUAUUCUGUGAGAUGAGGGAUGCAGGGAUCUAUCCUGACCACUUUAUCAUUGCUAGCAUUUUGAGUGCCUGUGCAGAACUGACACUUUUGGAGUUUGGCCAACAAAUUCAUGCAAACUUCAUCAAGUCUGGCCUUCAAGCAUCGUUAUCAGUAGAUAAUUCUUUUCUAACAUUGUAUGCAAAAUGUGGGUGUCUAGAAGAGGCUCUUAGAGUAUUUGAUUCUAUGCAAGUUCAAAAUGUGAUUACUUGGACAGCUUUAAUUGUUGGUUAUGCCCAGAAUGGUAGAGGAAAGGAGUCUCUGAAGUUCUACAAUCAAAUGCUUGCAACUGGUACCCAACCGGACUUCAUUACUUUUAUUGGCUUGUUAUUUGCUUGUAGCCAUGCUGGUCUUUUAGAAAAAGGUCAGUACUACUUUGAAUCGAUGAAUAGGGUUUACGGAAUAAAACCAGGUCCUGAGCAUUAUGCGUGUAUGAUUGACCUCUUGGGGCGCUCAGGGAAACUUAACGAGGCUGAGGCAUUAGUUGAUGAAAUGGCUGUAGAACCAGACGGAACUGUAUGGAAAGCACUACUAGCUGCAUGUAGAGUUCAUGGGAAAAUAGAGCUGGGAGAGAGGGCAGCGGAGAACCUAUUUAUAUUGGAGCCCAAGAAUGCUGUGCCUUAUGUUCAGUUAUCUAAUAUGUAUUCCGCAGCUGGUAGAUGGGAAGAUGCAGCAAGAAUCAGAAGACUGAUGAAAUCAAAGGGAAUUCUUAAGGAGCCUGGAUGUAGUUGGAUUGAGAUGAAUGGCCAAGUUCAUACAUUUAUGUCUGAAGACAGAAGCCAUUCAUGGACUACUGAAGUAUAUUCAAAAAUUGACGAGAUCAUGAUGUUCAUCAAGGAAGCUGGAUACGUGCCAGAUAUGAAUUUUGCACUUCAUGACAUGGAUAAAGAGGGGAAGGAGCUUGGCCUAGCAUAUCACAGUGAGAAGUUGGCUGUUGCUUUUGGUCUUCUCACCACAUCACCAGGGGCACCAAUUCGAAUCUUUAAGAAUCUCCGGGUUUGUGGAGAUUGUCAUACUGCAAUGAAUUACAUAUCACAGGUUUAUCAUCGGCAUAUUAUAUUGAGGGAUUCAAAUUGUUUUCAUCAUUUCAAAGAAGGGAAGUGUUCCUGUGGUGACUACUGGUAG